CUUCAUACGCCCGCGCAGAUCUCACGUCACCGUUCUAUCCCCUCCUUUGUGUACAAUACAUACUGUUUGGCGCCUCUACUCCGCGCCGAAAUCGAAACCUAGCGACCAUGCCAUCAUUUUCUAACGACAGUUCUUAUCAGACAGCCACCACCACGGCUUCUCACCCUCGUUCUUUUGACUCGCCGCCGGGAAAACCGCACGAUAAAAGCCCGGUGGGUAACACUUUUCUGUGGACAAACUGGCCCAAUGGCGACAAUCACCUCGACACGCCCCCAAACGACCGCCAACCGCUCGCGAAUGGUAGCGUAUAUUCUCUGAAUGGGGCUCGAUCAAGCGCCAGUUCAUACAACCGGGAUCUGUCGCACUCGAAAGAUGGGAGCAUGCACUCAUUCGGACAUGGUUCGACCCGAGACCUUCGGGAUGGUGGACGGUCUUCCAUGACGCAGGAACAGGAUUUCGUGCGGAAUUCCACUGAUGCAGGUGCUGGAGCCGGUUCAGCGACCGCGUCAAUAGCCAGCCAGCUGCCUAACGGCACGUCAGUCAACCCACGAUCGCUAAAUGGGAAACCCAUGGUGAAUGGGGAACAUGCCCGACCCUCUACCGACGGACUGGUUUCCUCAGAAUCGACAGGCAACGUUUCAGAAACAUGGCAAUCAACCUCGCAGCCUAAUGACGCCGGACGACUCUCUCCAGAUCCAGGUCGAUUAUCCCCUUCGCAGAAAAGCCCCCACCGAUACUCUUCCCCCCCAGUUCCCUCUACCACCGAACAACCAGAGCCGGCAAACUCCGGUCUUCGACAUCGACAUACACUGCAAGUUCCAAGGAAUACAAGCGGCCGUCGAAGCAGUCGUGAUAAUUCCGAGGAUGCCGCUUAUAGCAGUGGCCGAUUGUCUCCAACAGGAGGAAUCCGUCGUACUUCUUUCAGUCUGGGCCGUCGGGCCAGCAAGACCAAUCGCUCGGAUACCUUACUCGACGAUGCUAACCCUGAUGAAGAUGCAGCCCGAUGGGCAGAGGCCAUCAAACAACGGAGAGCUUCAAAAAGGAGGCGUCGGGAUGACGACGAUGAGGAUCGUGUCAUUGUGGGAACAAAGGUCGAUCAAAACCACGUGAACUGGGUUACGGCCUACAACAUGCUCACAGGGAUUCGGUUCACCGUCUCGAGGAUCAAUGCGAAGAUGGAUCGGGAAUUGACCCCUGCCGACUUUGAGGCCAAACAUAAGUUUUCUUUUGACAUAACUGGUAAUGAGUUAACGCCCUCCGCCAAAUACGAUUUCAAAUUUAAGGACUAUGCACCUUGGGUCUUCCGACGCCUGCGGACGAAGUUCAGAAUUGAUCCUGCCGACUACCUAAUGUCUCUUACAAGCAAGUAUAUCCUCUCGGAAUUGGGCUCGCCUGGUAAAAGUGGCAGCUUCUUUUACUUCUCGAGAGACUAUAAAUACAUCAUCAAAACGAUACACCACUCCGAGCACAAGUUGUUACGCAAGAUUCUCCCAGAGUAUUAUAAACACGUCGAGCAGAAUCCAAACACAUUGAUCUCGCAGUUCUAUGGCCUUCAUCGUGUCAAGAUGGCGUAUGGUCGCAAGAUUCAUUUUGUGGUCAUGAAUAACCUCUUCCCGCCUCAUCGGGAUAUCCACCAGACCUUCGACUUGAAGGGCUCAACUAUCGGUCGCGACUUACGUGAAGAAGAUCUUGAAAAGAAUCCACGAGCCACUUUGAAGGACUUGAACUGGGUCCGAAGAGAUCGUCAUAUCGAAUGUGGACCAUCCAAACGGGAGUUUUUCCUAGCGCAGCUCCAGCGAGAUGUUGAAUUAUUGAAGCGGCUCAAGAUCAUGGACUACUCCCUAUUAGUGGGCAUUCAUGAUCGGGAGAGGGGAAACGAGGAGAAGCUUCGUGACAGGACCCUGCAAGUUUUCCAGCCCGGUGGCGAUCGAGAAGAAGAAGCGAGCCCGAACAUGCUCAUGCGCACACCGUCGAAAUUGGAAAAUGAGCGCAAGGCCCGUGAGCUACGCAUGUCCCUCAAACGUGAACGCCCAGUGCCUCUAGACCAAGCAGCCGCAAAAAUGCCUGAAGAAAUUCUCGAUGAAAGAAAGUUCCACGUUUUCUAUUCCGACGAUGGGGGGUUCAGAGCCACUCAUGAGAAUGGCCAACCCGGGGAGGAGAUUUAUUACCUCGGGAUUAUCGAUUGUUUAACCCACUAUGGCAUGGUGAAAAGGUUGGAACAUUUCUUCAAGGGUCUGUCCCAUGAUCGGAAUCAGAUCUCACCGGUCCCCCCCGAGGGUUAUGGUGAUCGGUUUGUGAAUUUCAUAAAGGGCAUCACUAUGUCGAAGGAGGAAGCGGCGGCGGAGAAAGAAGCGGCCAAGGACGUUUCAUUAACGCACCCUCGGACGUUAUCGACAGUUCGGGAUCCGUCCGAUACCACCGGAGCUGGUCCAACCUCGACCCUACCUAUCGUAGACGAGGCUGGCGAGGCUAGCAGUGUUGGUGGGCAGAGUCAACAUAGCCGACACGGCGCUCCGCUAGCUUCAGAGAAGAAACUGCCACCACUGCCAAGCCAAGGCUAUUUACGACCUGAGGGUAAAAGAACAGCGGUCGCUUGAGACGCCCACCC